UGUGCAACCCUAUCUAGCUGACAAUAGUCAGUACAUCCAGGCUGCAAUUCAGCACCAGGACUAAAUGAUUGGACCAAUACUCAGGCCUUACACUGGAACAGUGUUGAGGACAAAUUUUUGUGCUUUUUAGAAAUGCACUGACAUGCCAAAUUUACUCUUCAAUGGGUAUAUUAACCUACAAAUGUAAACCUGUUCAUAGAUAGCCCACACGGCUGUCAUUUAGUUGAGAAUAUGAGGACUGCAAGCUCUUGUAUUAGAUCAUUUACCACUUCCUCAAGGUUCACUUGGUUUACUGCUGAGACAGGUGCUUGGAAUACCCCUCAAACCAAUCUUUCCUACAUGCAGCUGUAUAAAGUGCUUAAGACUGUAUUUUAUCAAAAUAUAGAUGUUUAUUUGUCGCCAAUAUUCACAAGGAGAACAUUCAGUACAGAAUUGAAAAUUAGCUUACAUGAGUAGAAAUGCAUAAAUAUACAUAGGCACACUUUCUGUAUUUACAUUACAGUUUUCAAGGCAUUGGAUAAAUAAGUGUACGUUUGUUCAUGAUUACAGACAAAAGUAUGUGGAAUUCAACCAAUCCCCUCAGUUACAGAGAGGUAGAACAUUUCUUCUUUCAAAAAAAUCCAUAAGGUACAAAUUACAAAAUAUUUUUUUACUAGCAUAUGUCCUGUCGUUUGUAGCAAAUAUAGCAGAUAGCUUGUAUACAUGUGUGUAUGGUGCAGUUCAGAAUAAAUUGAAGUGGAGAUGCUGUAACACAUGGAGGAGUACGUUUCUGUGCAAUCUUUGGUUUUGUCAGUACUAGAGAUCAUACAAAACCACAUCUCAAAACGUAGCUUCAGCCAUGUGCACUGUCCUCUCUGCUCCUCAAACAAUCGAUGUUCCCUUUUCCCUUUUCAUGUGAACACAGGCAGUAGUCUACACAGGAGGAAAAAAAUAUUCUGAAAUAGGCUACUGCUGCCAUGUGUGUGAUCGGAUCUUGGCCAAUAAAAUCCUUCCUGUCCUGCACCUCAAUCUCUUUGAUGGGAUCCUCUCUCCUCUCUCCUCUCCUCUCCUCUCCUUCCUGCAGGUCCUGGGUAAUGGAAUGAAAUCAUCCUCCGGCCGGGAUGACUCACCCGUUUAUGGCUAUGGCUGCCUGCCGUGCGCGUGCACGCUGCGCUAUGACACCGGAGCCGAGGGGGGCUUUAUAUGGAGCGCACCGUGAGGGCGGGGCCAAGGACGAGACACUGCGGUUGGGGACCACCGAUAGGCUGCCUGCUGGCGUGAUGUCAAAGCUUCAGACCAGGAUGAGCAAGCAGAGGGAAAGGGGCCAGUGUGGAGGAUGACGCUCAAACACCCACGAGGCUCAGUGUGAAUCCGACGCCACCUGUCCCCCAUUGAGCAGCAGCCUGUGCCCAUAGACACCACAGUGCGGCAUGACACGAUGCCCCCUCUACCACCACCGUCACCAUAUUCACCACGUGCUCCAUUGCAGGUGUGCCAAAUGUUUCUCAGUGCCAGCUCGAAAGCGGGUGCGCAAGAGAGUGACGACCCAAACCCUGCUGUCCCUGCCUGAAGAAGUCAUCUUGUGUGUGUUGCAGUGUCUGUCUGCUGAAGAUCUAUUGGCUGUCAGAGCUGUGCACCCUCGGCUGCGAGACCUAGUGGACGGACAUGCCAGUGUGUGGGCGAAAGUUAGCUUCCAGGACCAGUGGCCCUCACCCGACAGCCUCUGGCUGUUUGAAAGGGCUGCCGAAAAGGGGAACUUUGAAGCUGCUGUGAAGUUAGGAAUUGCCUACUUGUACAACGAAGGACCCUCCCUGAGUGACGAGGGCAGGGCUGAUGUAUGUGGCAGGAAAGCAUCACGUUACUUCAGCCUGGCGGAGAGCCUGCGGCCCCUGACGGCUGACCCCUUUGUCUGGGUCUUCAUCCGGCCGCCCUGGUCGCCCUCCGGCAGCUGCUGCAAGGCCGUGGUCUACGAACGCCUCCGCGCCGAGUCCGACGCCAACAAGGAGAAGAGAGGAGCCCUCCUACACUCCCUGGCGAGAGUGCUUCAGCUCUUUGAUGACGAGGAGAAGCGUGAGCAGGCCCUGCAGAUGCUGGAGAUGUCAGCCUGCAGUGGCUCUGUGCAGAGCGCGUACCUGCUGUGGGAGCACCGGAGACGCCUGGCGAUGACUGAUCCCGGCCGCUACCUCCAGUCCAUGAGGCUGCUCAGGGACUACGCUGCCAAAGGAUGCUGGGAAGCACAGUUGUCCCUGGCCAAGCUGUGCAUCAGUGGGAACCCCCUGGGCAUGGAGCUACAGGCCUGCACCAAUGUGGUGGCUCAGCUCUUCAGCCCCGGCCACGCCCCCUGGAGGCGAGCAGAAGACAUGCUCCGCCAGGGCCUCAACGACGCCAUGAGGUACAUCCUGGUGGACUGGCUGGUGGAGGUGACGACCAUGAAGGACUUCUCCAGCCUGACGCUGCACGUGACGGUGUACUGCGUGGACCGCUACCUGGUGCUGCGCUCAGUGCCCAAAGCUCGCCUUCAGCUGCUCGGCAUCGCAUGCAUGGUCAUCUGCACCAGAUACGUGAGUAAGGAGAUCCUGACGAUCCGGGAGGCGGUGUGGCUGACGGACAACACCUACCAGUACGAAGACCUGGUCAGGAUGAUGGGAGAGGUCAUCGCAGUGCUCGGAGGCAGGAUACGUACCCCGACGCUGGUUGACUAUGGCGGAGUGCUGCAGUCCCUGUUGCCCAUGGAGGGCCGCAGCAUCAACCUGCUGAGCUACAUCUCCGAGCUGUCUCUGCUCUACACCUGCCUCAGCGCCACCGCCCCCGCACACCUGGCCUGCGCCGCCCUGCUCCUCACACGCGCAAUACACCACUACGCUCCCGUCUGGCCUCCUCUGUUGGUGGAGAAUACCGGCUUCAGUAGCCAUGAGCUCGUCCCCACCGCCAUGAUGCUCUACAUCAAAUGCUUUAGGCAGGACGUGCCUAAAGACCAUAGGGACGUGUCCCUGACCGGUGUUAAGCAGCGCUUUGAAGACGACGUCUAUCAGCAGAUCAGCAAGGAGCCGGUGAUGGAGUUGUCUGAGCUGUGCCACAUCCUGGAGGUUCCUGAGGUCCAGGUGAAGAAAGGAGCUCCUGGUCCCAGCGCAGAGCCAGCAGACAUGCACACGUUCCUCUCCUCCCCCUCCAGCCACAGCAAAAGGCGUCGAGGUGAGAGCGUCCAGCAGCAACGGAGCAGCCUGUUGGCCACGCCCACGGCGGAGUUGUCCACUCAGGAGGAGGCGCUGCUGGGGGACAUCCUGGACUGGAGCCUGGACACUUCCAGCUCGGGGUACGAGGGAGACCAGGAGAGCGAGGGCGAGAAGGACGCAGCAGCUGCCGCUGUCGCUGAGGGUCCUGUGCUGCCACUUUUGCAGCUGGAGGCUGAUGUGGACCCAUCGUCUCGCGUGCACUGCCGCGCCCUCUCCAGCGACGACGACAGCUCCACCGAGGAGGACGCCAGCGCCAAGUCCUCCAGAGUCGACACCACCACCACCACCACCCACAAUAUUACCACCACCAGCAGUAUUAGCCUCAGCAGGUGUGGCCACCAUGAGCUCUCCCUCUCGGACAUCCGGCCCCUGUCGACCACCUCCGCGCUCCCCUCCUCCUCCUCCCUCCUCACUCCUCCCGCUGACGGACACAGCUCUGGCUACUCCUCCGUGCAGAACUGCAGCCCUACCUCCUCCUCCUCCUCCCCGCUGCUCCCCUGCACCCUCUCCCCUCUGGCCACCUCCUCCUCCUCGUCGCCCCCAAACCGCUCUCCUGGCUUCCGGCUGCUGGUGCCGGCACACGGACCCGUACGCAGGCAGGUGAAGAGGAAGAACGGAGCGGCGCACAGCGGGGAGGAGGGGAGUGCGGAGGGAGGAGGAGGAGGAGGAGGAGGAGUAGUGCUAUCAGGCUCCGCUCACAUGUGACUUCACCCCCGGAGCUUGCGCAACGGUACACUGCACCCUCCCCUCUGCAGUAGCACUUUUGGAUUUUUUCGUUUAUAAGACGUCAUACUCUACGAGAGAGUAACUCAUCAGGAGGAGUCGCAGACGUGUUUGCACAUUUACCUGUGCAUUGCAAUCCACGAGUCAGCUUUACAUGGUUCUUAUUUUGUUUUGGUUUGUUUCGGGUUUUUUUAUUUUGUUGUCUGCCUUUUUAUUGUGGAGGGGAUGCGGUAGGAGAAUCCCUACACUGUCCAGUCAACAUUUCUCUUGCAGUAUUUUGAGUGAAAGGACUUGCCAGCCAUCAGAACACCUAUUACGCACACAUGCAGGUCACCACUGCAACACACUUGUCACGGUCACUAGUGCCAUAGUGACACCUCCUGCCUCAACAUUCACACACUCACUCACUGUUUCAGAAAGACUGAUCCAAUCAGUGCAUCAAACUUGUGAAGGCCUUUAGGGCUUAUUCGUUCUUUCAUGCACUCUGUACUCUGUGUAUUGGUCUUCAUUUCCCACUUGUGAAGGCGUCACUGUCCACAAUGUUACUCUUUGAUCUUUCUGUAGAUCACCUCAGGCUGUAUAACGGUGGUGUGGGUCUGUUUUGGAAACCUCUUCUGUAGAUUUCUGUUUGUGUGUUUUUGUAAUCAUAUGCAUGACCUUCAUGACUUGAGUUACGUUUUGCUGCAUCAAGAUGAACAUUUGUCAAUGGAGGGAAAAUGGCCUAGUUGACACCCAUACACUGUAGGUAACGUGUAGUGCUUUUUGUUCAUAUAGUGUCAGGAAUAUGUUUUUGUUGUCAAUAUUGUAAAAACAUGUUUACACAAGGCUGAAAACACGGAUCACUAACUCGCUGUACUGUCUGAGCCAGAAGAGAGAGGCAUUCAGUGCCAGUGGAUGUCUGCCAGCUCCUGGUGGAAACUAGUUCUCUGAAAUGAGGCAGAAUGACAGAGUAUACAUUCAUUUGUAUUUGCAUACUCUUCUGGUUUUAUUGUGCAUUUGGAAAAUGGUGCUACGUCUGCAUUGUCACCAAAGUGUUUAAUAUGUUUUUGUUUUGUUUUUUGCUUUCAGUAUGACUGCGUGUGUUCAUAUUUAUGCUGGCACUUCUCCGAUCCAGGGGUCUAUACUAAGAAGAUGGUUCAGGAGAAAAUCAGGUUAAGUUAAGAGGUAAAUCACCUAAUGGGAGAGCCUGGGAGAAAUGAAGACUCUGGGCUCUUCUAUUAGAUGAUUUACCUCUUAACUUCACCUGGUUUACUCCUGAACCAGCUUCUCAGUACAAUAACCCUCAGAAGUAAGUGUGUAAACAAACACUUAAACACGACCUUGAGGGUCACCGAGCUGAAACAAUCAUUCGCUAAUGAGCAUCCCCGUCCCUGUGGUGCAUAUGAGGCUUGGUUUUGCCUUUUUGUAUAUUGAAAAAAAUAGGUGGCAGAUCUCUGAACUCAGAACUAUUUUUGUGACCAUUUAUGUACUGUUAUGUCCAGGUUUUGGGCAGCUGUGACUCGUAAAUAAUAAUUAAGGCUUUUUUUAUAUGUUUGUACAGCGUCUCUUUUCUCCUCGUCACACACACACACACAUGAUGCUGUGAAUGACCACAUUACUUGAAAUAUCAACAUUUUAUGUUCACUUUUUUAUUCACCAUGUGUGUUGGAAAUGCUAUUAGUGUAUCUUAAUGUUUGUGUUUUUGUCAACCAGCUCAUUAAAGUACAUGAUAAACAUUG